UGGACGUGUAGUUUUCCUGUGGGCCGGCCCUCUGCCUGCAGCAUUCCUGCAGCUGUGGAAGGCUCGCACGCUUCGCAUUCUCCUCCAGGCUUUUCUUCUCCGUCUCCGGUCCUGAACAGCACAGAACGUACGGCAAGGGACGCCAUGCCUUCCCGCGACCUCCGCAUGCCGCUCGUGGCACUGCUGGUCAUCCUUGUCGCCUGCGAAGAUGUGUGCGGUGAGAGCAAGCUGCACUCGGUCCUGAUGAAGAGGAGAGAAGCCCCAGAGGAGCAAAAGCCCGGCGGGCUGCAGCUGACACCGGCAGAGGCGAGGGAGUUCCUGUCGCCUGUCAGGAGGCCAAAGAGGAACGUGUGGGACAGGAGCAGACCAGAUGUGCAGCAGUGGAUUAUGCAGUAUAGGUACAUGGGAUUUGACGAGACGAGACUGGAGGCAGAUCUGUCCUACUGGUGGGAUUACUACAGGAGCAUUGACCGGGGCCGUCAGCACCAUUAUGAUGAGAAUUCCCCCCUGGCACCCCAGCACCGGAGCUCCCACCGGCACGGCGCCGACGUCAACUACGAUUACUAUUAAGUCACCUGACCAACCGAUUAGUGCUUCCCGCAUGCGAAACCCAGCCCCUAUACAUGCUUUUGUAGAUGGUAAGACUGGAUACCAUGUUUUAGUGUCCAUUUCUGCCAGUAGUGAUGAGUUUUAGAACAACUGUAGUGCAUCAUGGAGUAAAUAAAGUCAUAGCUGCA